CAACGUCCAAGACAUCAGACAUCGAGAUCGGCAAGAUGCUUUCGAUGCUUGGGGGCACCUGGCCCCCCGACGGCGUUUGGACUUCAAUAGCCCUGGCGUGCCCUGCGCAUGGAGGAGGAGGCCAAACCGUGGAAAAGACCGCAUGGAAGCCGCCUGCCUGCUGCCACGACCGUAGGCAUGCAACUUUUCUUUGCCGGCCAAGUCAUUUGAUAGCAGUGCGCUCCUACAAAUUAUACGCCUGUAGUGCGCGAGAAUAAGAGACUAGAACGAGCAUCGGCGACCAACGUGGAGAAAAUGGAAGCAACUUGAGUGUCACGAGUCACAAUUGCAGUCUGCCUCCCACGUCUCCAAUGCAAGCCCGCAUCCCAUGAGGUUGGAAGAAUGCCGAAAGGCGGUCGAGAUCAAUCAAGCUGCUGGUGCCAAUGAGACUACUCAGACCUUGCGCAUGUAAUGCCUCAAGGGUGCCUCCCGCCAUGCCAGCAAGUCGUCUGGAAGUCAGAUGCCGCCUGCUGCAGCCCAGCCGCCGGCGGUCCCAAAGCCCCAUCGCUGGCGCGGCGCGGGCGGUGCCGACCGCCCGCAGCGCCGGCGCGGCCCCGUCGCGGGCCUGGAGCGCAGCUCCGCGGCAGAGGGUCGCCGCCGUUGCCGCCGCCGCCGCCGUCGCCGUUGUCGCUGUCGUCAUGGAGGGGGCAGAGGAGGAGGCGGAGGAGGAGGAGGCGGAGGAGGCGGAGGAGGAGGAGGAGGAGGAGGAAGAGGAGGAGGAGGAGGAGGACGAGGGAGGCACGGGAUGAGGC